AAUUGCAAAUUUACUGAAUAUGCUUGGACAAGAGAAGGAAUUGGACAUGAGAGUCCCUGGUACCAUCCACUUGGUGGAUCUUGAAGGGACCAUGAAUGUCAGACACGAAGAAGGUGAUGACAUUGUAUUGGUUCCCCAACCCACUGAUGACCCUGAAGACCCAUUGAACUGGGUGAAGCUGAGAAAGAGAAAGUUAGCUUUCUGCUUGAUGUUGGCGGUCUUUAGUGCUGACAUUUUGAGUACUGCUCUUUCAGCAGUGUUGCUUGAUAUUGUGGCCGACACCGGCAUCUCGUUAGCAGACUUGAAUACGGGUGUCGGUAUUCAGUACUUGUUUUUUGGUUGGUCGUGUCUUAUUUGGCAGCCGCUUGGUUUGAACUUCGGUAGAAGACCUGUUAUUCUCUUCGCCGGGUUGGCGUGUAUGCUCUGUACCGUGUGGUCGGCGUACGUCAAGAGUGCUGGUGAAUGGUACGUGAACCGGCUUUUGGUUGGGUUUUUCUAUGGACCCAUUGAAACCUUGAUCGAGGUGUGUAUCUCCGAUGUGUUCUUUGCCCACGAAAGAGGUGGAUGGAUCGCCUGGUACUGUUGGACCUUAUUCAACAUCCCAUUCAUCAGUGGGAUCGUUGCCGGGUUCAUCUCAUCGAGAUACGGCUGGCAAUGGAUUCAAUUUAUUGCCUCCAUUAUUGCUUCUGGGUGUUUGAUCAUCUUAUUCUUCUGUUUGGAAGAAACCAUGUUUUACCGUGACCCAGCCUUGGAAUUGGAUGCUGCUGACUCAGUUCCUGAAGCCAUAACUAGCAACAUUGAAGACGGGUCUACCAAAAAGGAUAUAGUCCAUGUUGGUAUCGACAAGGUCAACUCGAGCGAAAGUUCGCAACCAGAGAACAACUAUAAGACCAAGACUUUCAAAGACAAGUUGAAGUUGUGGGGAGCCAGAAGCCCUCAACAGAAGACCAAUUUUUUCCAGUCAAUGUGGAUGCCUUUCUACCUUUUACGUUUUCCCAGUGUGGUAUUCGCAGGGUUCACUGUGGGUGCGGUUUUGAGUUGGUUUAACGUGGUAAACGCUACCAUCGCUUCUGUUUUAUCUGCUCCUCCUUACAACUUCGGUGCCAACAUGGUGGGAGUGUUCUUUGCCUCACCUGCCAUUGGUAUCUCUGUGGGAGCAUACUUUAGUGGUAAAGUAGUUGAUGGGUUCACGGUGCGGAAAGCUAGAACCGGAAAGGGUUAUAGAGAACCUGAGUUCAGAUUAUGGUUAUCUGUGAUUCCCAUGGUUAUCCAUCCGUUUGGAUGUCUUUUAUAUGGAAUUGGGGCUGCCAAAGGUAUCCACUGGGUUGGUUUGGCCUUUGGUCUUGGAGCCAUCUGUUCCACCUUUCCCAUUGGAAGUGCCAUUGCCAUCAACUAUAUCAUUGAUUGCUACAAAGAAGUCAGUGGAGUCGGGUUGGUGACAAUGAUUUUGAUCAGAAACACCAUGGGUUUUGGUUUUUCGUAUGCUGUGACUCCAUGGCUAGAGGCAGUUGGCACUCAAAACUUGUACAUUAGUCUUGCUUGUAUUGGAGCAUUUUUCUGGGCCCUUUCGUUGGUGAUGAUAGCGUUAGGAAAGAAGUUCAGAAAAAUCACGGCUACCAGUUACUGGAAGUUGGUUGAAACCUACGGGUUGCAUGCCCAUUAGUGGUUUUUUGUCAGUGGUUGAUUUGUGUAAAGAGUCAGGACUCUAUUUUAUUUUGUUGUGUCUUUGUGGAUGUUCUUUUAAUAUUACACAAAAGACACUGGUGAUUUGUGUUUUAAAUAUACGAUACAAUAAGAAUCCAAGACAUGAGUUUCUAGCUGUCGCCCAUUAGCCAGCCUCUAAGGGAAAACUUUGUCUUGUUAUUAAGUAUCUCGAACUCGACAAUUUCUUCAAGGGUCGACAGUCGCCGGUUUUGCGACCGUUUUGUAACAGAGAGCGCAUAUUCAUACGAUAGGAGCAUCACCGCAUGGUCGCACCCUUUGGGGAAAUAGUGUGAUAUUGUGCGGAAACCGUCGAGCGAAGAUUGUGGGGGGUUGACCCGCAGAAGCGCGAAAGUCGUGUUAGUGCAGUACGAUCUGGAUGCAACGUAAGCCAGUGCCGUUCUACUCGUAGGCGACUCAUUGCUGUUCUGACCAAUACCCCCCACAGGAGCGGUACACAAACGCAAUAACAAGCGCAACCGUCAAGGUGGCUGCAAUCGCAGGGGGUAGCUGGACACGCCCAUAAUCCGAUCAGCGGCAGCAACUUUUGCCGGAAUGUACACGCAUGCAUGGCAGAUGACCCGGCAUAAAAUGCGCCUUAUGCAUUGAUCUCGGCGGAGGAGUUGCAAGCGAAAUUGAACAACAGCGGCUCAGCAUAAUUUUAGCAGGCAUUGUUCAAUGUUCAGCGUACAUAGUUGUCUAUAAAUGAUAUUUACUAUUUAGUGUUAUAAUCGUGAUCGUCAUCAUCGUCAGCUUCAUCUCUUUCUUUUGUCCUUCUCCCUGUCCUGCUGGUCCUGCUUCUCUUUGUGUAGGUUUCGAAUCAUCUUGGCCCAUGUGCGGACUUCCUUUUCAUAUUCGGGUUUUUUCACAUCCUGAAGAAACGUACAAUCUUGUAAACUCAAUAACUCCCAGGGUGACUUCCGUUGUUUGUCAUCCUUGAUCAAACAGUAGUUUAUGAACUGACAGAGCUCAGGAUCGUACUUCUGCUUGGUGACAGGGUUGAUGAGGUUCAAUAAACAAGGAGGGUCUUCAUUCACGAUCCGCUGGAGUAAGUCCAAAAUCCCUUCAGGCCCCGGGUUGGAGGUAAAAUCAUCAGAUGUAG